AUGUCAGCCCACAGAACCGAAAAAACUGAAACUGCUCAGUUGCCUCACAGCUUCUCCGAGCCAGUCACUUUGGCGAUCAUUGGGGGUACAGGAUUAUACCACAUGGCAUCUUUGGAACCAGUUGCUAGAUUAACUGUCUCUACACCAUGGGGAUUUCCUUCUUCUCCAAUCACCAUUUCUCGUACUUCAACUGGGUUCCCAAUCGCCUUUUUAGCCAGACAUGGUCUUCAUCACGAUUUAUUACCAACUGACGUCCCAUCCCAGGCAAACAUUGCUGCUUUGAAAUCUUUGGGUGUCAAAGUGAUCGUUGCCUUCUCAGCCGUCGGUUCUUUGCAAGAACAUGUUAGUCCUCGUGAUUUUGUCAUUCCUAACCAAAUCAUUGACCGUACUAAAGGUAUUAGACCUUCCACUUUCUUCGAAAGUGGUUUUGUUGGCCACGUUGGUUUUGGCGAGCCAUUUGAUAAAAAACUCGGUGAAUUGAUCUACAAUACCUGUAAAGACACUAUUGCUCCACAGAAGUUGCACUCCCCAGCCACCGAAAAGAAGGACACUUUGUUGAUCUGUAUGGAAGGCCCGGCUUUCUCUACCAGAGCCGAAUCCCAAUUAUACAGAAGCUGGGGCGGUACUGUCAUCAACAUGUCUUGUAUUCCAGAAUCCAAAUUGGCCAAAGAAGCGGAAAUCUCUUACCAAAUGAUUUGUAUGGCCACCGAUUAUGAUGCAUGGAAUGUCAACGAAGAACCAGUGACUGUGGAAACCGUGGUCAGUAACUUAAAGGCUAAUGGUGAAAAUGCCAACAAGUUGGCCACAACCCUUAUUCCAGCUUUGGAAAAGGCUCUUGUUGCCGGGGAGAUUGGCAACGAUUUAAAAGACACCUCCAAAUCUUCGAUCUCUACUAAUCCAAAUGCAGUUACUAGACAAUUAUUGGAAAAAAUGCACUUCUUGUUCCCAGGUAACUGGCCUGCUUACAAAUAG